AUGAUUUCAACGCAGCCCCAAGACGAAUGGAAACUCGAGCAGGGUUUAGCUCCCGCUCAACUCGCGCUUCUUGAUCAGACUGCUCGGAAUGAUGGGGCAACAAAACCGAAAGAGCUAGAUGACGUCGAGAGCAGCAGCGACGACGACGACGCCAAAGCAGACGGGAUUGCCAAGGAAGAUGAUGCCGAUGUCUUGUUUGCCGAGGAAAGAGAAGGAUGGCAUGGAUAUAUCGAAUGGGAAGACUACCCAGAGAAGAAAGCAAAGGCGGCUAAGAUCAUGCUUGCCAACGAAUUUCCACCCCCACCUGAAUUCCAACUUGGCCCCAUCCCUGACAGUAACCCUGUUCUCGAAGGCGUACGCUGGAAGGCAUGGCAUAAGGCGAUAGGUGGUCCUUUGACCUCUGUACCUGAAGAGUCCUGGCUUCGUGUCAUUCAAGAGAAGCACCCAGACAUGUUGCAUCUCUUGCAGUUUCCGUACAACGGUGAGCCGCCAAAACGGCUGGUCACGGCAAAGCCUGUUACGCCAAACAAUUUGCAUUUUAUUCGAAACCAUGGCGGCAUUCCAGACAUCGAGACGGAUAAAUGGUAUCUAACUCUUGAUGGCUUGGUCAAGAAUCCUCGCAAGUUCACCUUGGCAGAGCUUCAAGAUGAAUCCGUGUUCCCACGUAUGGAAAAGCUGGUGACUAUUCAAUGCUCAGGAACUCGUCGUAUUGAACAAAUCCAACUUUAUGCUGGAGAAGGUGAUGAGAUGAUCAACGCUCCUUGGGCUGAAGGAGCCAUUGGUACCGCUCGCUAUGGUGGUGUCUCCCUCAAGAAAGUCAUCAAAGCCUGUGGUGGUAUGGCUGAAGGCGGCAAACACCUGGAGUUUCAUGGCGCCGACACAUAUUUCAAGCAAAAUGAACUGAUGAAUUAUUUGGUUUCUGUGCCUUGGUCAAAGGUCAAGGCCAAUGAAGUCAUGCUCGUUUGGGAAAUGAAUGGGGAGCCUCUGCCUAAAAUUCAUGGCGCCCCAGUUCGUGUGGUGGUUAUGGGCUAUAUCGGUGCGAGGUCCGUCAAGUGGCUCUAUCGCAUUCGUGGCUUACCUCAUCCCACUCGAGCACCAGUCCAAAGCAAGGAGUAUCUCUACUUCAAUCAACAGGUUGGAAAGCAUAAUCAAGCUCCAACCAUGGGAAUUCAAAUCCAGGAAAUGCCAGUCUCCUCUGCAAUUAUGUCUCCUUGGAAUAAGCAAGUAGUGGUACAUGAGGGUGCCAUUACCAUGAAAGGUUGGGCAUAUUCUGGAGGUGGUCGUUGGCCUGAACGAGUGGAAGUGUCGGCCGAUGGAGGCUUCAGCUGGUACGCUGUACCACCAGAGAAGCUCUCCACUAAACACAAAUUCGCCUGGCGUACUUGGGAAUACACAUUACCCUGUGACGUCGAAGGGUGGAUUGAACUUGUCGUACGCUGCUGGGAUAAUUCCCUCAACACACAACCAUUGGAAGUCCGAAGUGCCUGGAAUUGGGGUUUGCACGUCACCAGCUCCUGCCAUCGCGUUAAGAUCUACAGCGUCAACAAGUCGCAUGAGUUGACCAGGAACAGACUCGCACUUUUGGAGAAGAAGGGUGUUCCUUUGGUCCCUAUCACCAGGCCCACCGAAUUUCCACUACAAAGUUCCGAGGAGUAUGAGGCGUUCUGGGAGAAACAUGACCCGAGAGAUGUGGACGAUUAG